AUGUCGGGCGGGGUGCUGGCGCUGGCGUGGCGGCGCUACCUCCAGGCGCUUGACCAGAAGCCGCUGAAGACAAAGGCCGUCACCGCCGCCGUGCUGAUCGCCGCCUCCGACCUGCUGGCGCAGCGGCUGACCAGCGCCGCGCCCACCAACUGGCGCCGCACUCUCAGCAUGGCGCUGUACGGCUUCCUGUGGGCGGGGCCCUCCAGCCACUUCUGGCAGCACAUCCUGGAGAACAUGUUUCCAGACAAGAGCGACGCGCUGCGCAGCGUGAAAAAGGUCCUGGUGGACCAGCUGGCGUACGGCCCCGUCCAAAACGCUCUGUUCAUGGCCUUCCUGGCCAGCGUGGUGGAGGGACGCAGCUGGGCCACCACACGCGCCAAGCUUGCCUCCGAUUGGCCCGGCGUGCAGAGGCGCAGCUGGCGGGUGUGGCCCGUGGCCUCCUUCAUCAGCCAGGAGUAUGUGCCGCUCAAGGCAAGCUGGCUGGCAGAAGAGCAGGGGCAGCCGGAGAGCUGGGCCGGGGCUGCUGGUGCGGCUGCGUCGUUUCUGCGCGUGCUGUGGCUGAACGUGGUGGCGCUGGGCUGGACCACCUUCAUGAUACUGCAAGGCAGAACAGCCAACGCGGCAGUGCUGCGGCUGAAGCUGGCGGCUCGCUGA